AUGUGGGGGGAGUUACACCCGCGCGACGUGCAGCGUUUCCCGCGUCACCCCCAGCAGCAGCAGCAGCAGCAGCAGCAGCAGCAGCAGCAGCAGCAGCAGGAGCAGCAGCAGGAGCAGCAGGAGCAGCAGCAGGAUUGUGUAGUAAUACAAGGAAAGAACACCAUCUCUGUCUCCCUUUGUCUCUCUCUGCCUCCUUUUGUGUCUCUGUCUCCUUCUGUCUCUUUGUCUCUCCUUCUGUUUCUCUGUCUCUCUCUGUCUGUCUCCUCUCUAUCUGUCUCCCCCGCUUUUCCACUUCUCUCUCAUUUCACCUCUUCUGUCUCCUUUUCUAUCUGUCUCCUAUUUUAUCUGUCUCCUUCUCUCUCUGUGUCCUCUCUCCUAGCAGCAGCAGCAGCAGCAGCAGCAGCAGCAGCAGCAGGAGCAGCAGCAGCAGCAGGAGCAGCAGCAGGAUUGUGUAGUAAUACAAGGAAAGAACAAUGA